GCUAGACGCGCGACCUCGACGACUCCUACCUCGAAUUUAACCCACACUGAUUCUGUUUACUCCUCUUCCUUCCUCGUCCUUCGACAACUCGAUUCUCCCUGACCCUAUUGGCGGCAACGCCAUCAAUUUCCAAGUUUCGGCAAAAGUUAUCCAUCGAAGCGUUAGUUUUCCGACCUCUGUAUCCGAAAGGCAUAGUUCCUUACGGACAUGCCUCCCGGCGACGUUCCUUUGCCGGACAGCCUCGUGCCGGGCAACGGGGGCGCCCGUCCAAAGCUCAAUACCAGUGGAUACGGCGGUGGUAGUCACCAGUCGCAAACACCUACAUCUCCUGCGGACAGCAAUAUCGCCUAUGACUCGCCUCGUACGAGGGCAGGAGGAUGGAAUGGCUCUACAAACAGCCCUGUUGAUGGACCCCCGGGCUCAGAUGGUCGCAUGAGCAGGCGAUUGGAAUCCGGCCAUCCUGGCCCAAGGGACCCAUCCACUCCAAGGGAUCGCAAUGGCUACUGGGAAAGGUCAACACCACGGGAGAGAUCCCGGCCGAAUGGCCGCCCACCCACGAAAUCUCCAGCUAGCUCGUCGCGGACCUGCAAGAAAUGCAGCGAACCCCUCACUGGUCAAUUUGUACGAGCGUUACUCGCAACGUAUCACCUUGAAUGUUUCAAGUGCGAGGAUUGCGGUCAGAUCGUGGCGUCUAAGUUUUUCCCCGUCGAUGCGGAGGAUGGAAGUGGUCAAUACCCCUUGUGUGAAACGGACUAUUUCCGACGUUUAGAUCUUCUGUGCCAUGACUGCGGUGGUGCCCUGCGGGGUUCAUACAUUACGGCCUUGGAGCGCAAAUACCACAUAGAACACUUCACCUGCUCUGUUUGCCCGACCGUCUUUGGCGCACAGGACUCAUACUAUGAGCAUGAGGGGAAGGUUUACUGUCACUUCCACUACUCCACCCAGUUUGCACAACGGUGCCAUGGUUGCCAUACGGCCAUUCUGAAACAGUUUGUUGAGAUUUUCCGCAACGGCCAGAACCAACAUUGGCAUCCUGAGUGUUACAUGAUCCACAAGUUUUGGAAUGUCCGGUUAGCUCCGACAGGUCAACCACUCGAACUUUCCGAAGCCGAUUUGGAUGCAACCGAUGAGGAGCGCAACAGAGUCCGUGAGGAUGAGGAUGUUAUGGAAGAAAAAGUGUACAAAAUAUGGAGCAUUUUGUCAAGUUUCGAGGAGUCUUCUGCGGCAUGCAUUUCGGACAUGCUUCUCCAUGUCAGCAAUGGCACCUAUGUCGAUGGAGUUCUCGUAGCCAAACGGUUCAUUGGUCAUGUUGAUGUUCUCUUCUCUGCUAUUGACCAGCUUGCGGGACACAUCAAAACCCAAGGCAUGAAAGAUCUGGCUUACGGGCGCGAAGCAAAACUUCUGUGCAAGAAGAUUGUUGCAUUCUUUGCACUGUUGUCAAAAACACAGGAAACCGGUGUACGAAAACUUGGGGUCACUCAGGAGCUUCUUUCGCUGGUAACGGGCCUUGCACAUUACCUGAAACUUCUCAUUCGCAUUGGACUGCAAGGGGCUCUUAAACUAGAGAGGGAACAACGAGCUUCUGAAGGUCUUCAUCAUUUCUUAGAUCACUUGGGAGACCUUGAGGCACUUCGACCUCCAGAAGAGGAAGAGUCGCUUACCGAUUUGAUGGUUGGGGUUGAUACUCUUGCGGACCAGCUUUCAGAUUGUUGCGCGGCUUGUAAAGAGCCAAUCGACGACGAGUGUAUCAUGAUUGGUGAUAGCAGGUGGCAUAUAAAGCCACCUCAUCUGACGUGUGCUGGAUGCCAAAAAGAUCUAACCCACACCAUCCAAGACGCAUCGUGGAGCCCCAAGGAAAAGCGACCUUUCUGUGGUGAUUGUGUUUCGCAGAAGGGGCUUACACACGACGUCCAAGGGAGCUUUACUCAUAUUACCAAACUCCAACAGUUUGUGUUCUUGCUCAAGGUCGCUCUCGCGCGGCUCCUCGCUGUUCUACGGGCAGGCGGAACGUUGAUCACUGACGAUCCCUCUGCCCCACAAGACGGCAACGAAGGUGGUCGCGCCCCUGGCGGUGAAAUACGUCGGUCUGCCACCAGAGGCAAGACGUACGCAAACGCAGUUAGAAGUCCGCCUGAAGGAUCAUCCCUGGAGCAAACAGUCGGUGAGAUGCGACGUCUUCGAUCAAUUCGGAACGAACGGACCUUGUCAACGACUUACAAGAAAGCGCGGGCAUCUCGAAUUAUAGAUGGACCAGAAGGUCGUAGCGUGCGACCUGGUUCGUCGGGCGGCGAAGGCUCAGAUUCGAGAGGUCAUGGCUUCCAGAUCGUGGAAGAAAAGGAUGCUAACGGGGAGACAGUCACUGAGCUGACAUUUGGCAACCAGGACGCAUUGACGUUGGAUGACAUUCCCAGGAUUGUCGCUGCCGAGCAAGCCAAGGAACAGCGUCCCAACGCCUACAAGCACGCUGGCACCAAGCUGGUUGGAACCACUGAGCCUCUUCCGAAGUACAAUCAUGGCCAUCAACGUGGCGUGUCUGAUGCCGGUCUGGAACGGCACAUUAUGGACCAAGGUGGCAGGACCAAGAAGUAUUUCUCCGAGCUUUCCGCGCUGGAGUAUUUCAUUGUUAGACACGUUGCUGUCUUGUCUAUGGAGCCUCUGUUGGAUGGGCAUUUCACAUUAGAGGAGCUCCUCUCCUUGAUCGAAUCGCGCAAGCCCACCAUCUGGAACAUCUUUGGUCGCGCUUUCAACAAGGAGGGCAAAAAAGUUGGGAAGAAAAAGGGCGUUUUUGGUGUCAGUCUGGAUUUCCUCGUCGAAAAAGAAGGCACAGAAUCAAGCCAUGGCGUGGGUCCCGGUGCACUUAGGAUUCCUGCUCUGGUCGACGACGCCGUGUCCGCGAUGCGCCAGAUGGACAUGUCAGUAGAGGGUGUUUUCCGGAAGAAUGGCAACAUCAGGCGUCUCAAGGAUCUGUCCGAACAGAUCGACAACAAGUAUGAGCAGGUCGACAUGACCAAAGAAAAUCCUGUUCAGAUUGCGGCUCUACUGAAAAAGUUUCUUCGUGAGAUGCCGGAUCCUCUCUUGACGUUCAAGCUCCAUCGCCUUUUCGUCAUUUCACAAAAAAUACCCGACCCCGAAAAACAAAAGCGCGUCUUGCAUCUCACAUGUUGCCUACUUCCCAAGGCCCACCGGGAUACCAUGGAAGUUCUCUUCGCUUUCCUCAACUGGACCUCGUCUUUCUCCCACGUCGAUGAAGAGACUGGUAGUAAGAUGGACAUCCACAACCUGGCGACUGUCAUGACACCCAACAUUCUUUACCCCAAUGCGAAGAAUAGUACCGUGGAUGAAAGUUUCUUGGCAAUCGAAGCUGUUAAUUGUCUAAUCACAUACAACGACAAUAUGUGUGAGAUACCGGACGAUUUACAAUCUGUCCUCACCGAUACGAACUUCUUCCGAGAGAACAACGAGGUAACUACCAAGGAAAUUCUCAAACGCUAUGGCGACAUCGCGCGUGGAAGCAUCUCUCCGAAAGCGAGUAACGGCGGCGAGACUGUUACAAUCACAAACUCAAACCGCGGGGCAAAUAUUCCUGCUUCUGCCCGCAUCGAGACAGAUCCUUCUCAGGACGCAGCGUGGCAGAUGCAGAGCUCAGUUCGCCAUGUCCAGAGCCCCGGGGGCCAUCAGCAUUCGACCAGUGGAGCCCAGCAGGCUGGUGCAGAACUCGCACCUGCACCGCCGAAUGACUACCGUGAACGGAGCACCUCCAAUGGAAGCCAGCAGAAUCCGAUCCAGGCCGACGGACAAGCCCAACAGAUGCCAUACAGAGCUCGUCCGGGUGCUGGCCCUAUGGGAGUGGCUGGCUAGUCCUUGCCGACUAGAUCCUCAGCGAUACCAACUCCUGCGCUGCUUUUCUGCAUAGUUUCGAGGUCAUUUACCAAUGCAUUAUCCGCCUCUAUAUUCUUCGAGCUCAAAAUGGAUGCUCUUGGC